GCCCUGUGGGUGGAUGCAGUGAUAUUUGUGUUCAGUCUGGAGGAUGAGAUCAGUUUCCAGACAGUCUACCAUUACUACAGCCGCAUGGCUAACUACCGCAACACUGCUGAGGUGCCUCUGGUGCUGGUGGGGACGCAAGAUGCUAUCAGCUCAGCCAAUCCCCGGGUCAUCGAUGACACGCGAGCACGCAAGCUGUCCAAUGACCUGAAGCGCUGCACCUACUAUGAGACGUGUGCCACCUACGGCCUCAAUGUGGAACGGGUCUUCCAGGACGUGGCCCAGAAGAUCGUGGCGACCAGGAAGAAGCAGCAGCUGUCCAUUGGUCCGUGCAAGUCCCUCCCUAACUCCCCUAGCCACUCCUCUGUGUGUUCUGCACAGGUGGCUGCAGCAGUACACAUCAGCCAGCAGACCAGUAAUGGCGGCAGCCUGAGUGACUACUCCUCGUCAGUCCCCUCCACCCCCAGCACCAGUCAGAAGGAGCUACGCAUCGACGUCCCCCAGACCACCAACACCCCCACACCCGUCCGCAAGCAGUCCAAACGCCGCUCCAACCUCUUCACUUCUCGGAAGGCCAGCGAGCCAGACAGGGACAAGAAAGGACUGGAGGGCCGAGCGGACAGCAUUGGAAGCGGCCGAGCUAUUCCAAUUAAGCAGGGCAUGCUUCUGAAGAGGAGUGGCAAGACCCUAAACAAGGAGUGGAAAAAGAAGUACGUGACGUUGUGUGAUAAUGGCCUGCUCACAUAUCACCCCAGCCUGCACGACUACAUGCAGAACGUCCAUGGGAAGGAGAUAGAUCUGUUGAGGACCACAGUGAAGGUCCCAGGGAAGAGGCCUCCCCGAGCGGUGUCUACCUGUGCCGCUGUCCCCAGCCAGAAGACCAACGGCCUGGCCAAGGACAUGAGCAGUCUGCAGCUGGGACCUGGUGGCCCUGGCUGUGUGACCAGUAGUUUGUCAGCCUCUCAGAUGGCCAGUGGGAUCAGCUUGGUGUCCUUUAACAGUCGUGGGGACGGCAUGCACCAGAGAUCCUACUCAGUCUCCUCCGCCGACCAAUGGAGCGAGGCCACCGUCAUCGCCAACUCAGGAGUCAGCACAGACACGGGUCUGGGAGAGUCUGUGUGCUCCAGCCCCUCCAUCUCCAACACCACCAGCCCUAAGAUGGACCCGCCCCCCUCGCCGCACGCCAACCGCAAGAAGCACCGGCGGAAGAAGAGCACCAGCAACUUCAAAGCCGACGGCCUCUCUGAACAAGAGGAGAACUUUGAGUUGACCAUUGUGUCUUUGACGGGCCAGACGUGGCACUUUGAGGCCACCUCGUACGAGGAGAGAGACGCCUGGGUCCAGGCCAUCGAGAGCCAAAUCCUAGCCAGCCUGCAAUCCUGUGAGAGCAGCAAGGCCAAGUCACGUCUGACCAGCCAGUCUGAGGCCAUGGCCUUACAGAAUGUGAGGAGCCUAAGAGGGAACUCUCGAUGUGUGGACUGUGAGGCCCAGAACCCCGACUGGGCCAGUCUCAACCUGGGAGCGUUAAUCUGUAUCGAGUGUUCAGGGAUCCACAGGAACCUGGGGACCCACCUAUCUCGUGUUCGGUCCCUGGACCUGGAUGAGUGGCCCCUGGAGCUCCUCAAGGUCAUGACCUCUAUAGGCAACGAGCUGGCCAAUGACGUGUGGGAGGGCAACGCACAGGGACGCCUCAAACCAGCACCUGACGCCACCAGGGAGGAGCGUGAGCGUUGGAUCCGGGCUAAGUACGAGCAGCGGUUGUUCCUGGCGUCGCUCUCGGGGGUGGACCUAUCCCUGGGCCAGCAGCUGCUGAGGGCCACGGCCGAGGAGGACCUGCGCUGCGUCAUCCUGCUCCUGGCUCACGGCUCCCGGGAGCAAGUCAACGAGACGUGUGGAGAGGGAGACGGACGCACUGCCCUUCACCUGGCGUGCCGCAAGGGCAACGUGGUCAUCACACAGCUCCUCAUCUGGUACGGGGUGGAUCUGAUGGCGAGGGACGCCCACGGUAACAGCGCGCUGGCGUACGCACGGCAGGCCAGCAGCCAGGAGUGUGUUGACACGCUGCUGCAGUACGGCUGUCCCGAUGAACGCUACCCACUUAUUGCCACGCCCAACCUGUCCCGACGCAACACCAACCGCAACAACAGCUGCAGCAGCACGGGCAGCACCGCACUCAUAUAAACACUACCGCCCCCUUCAUGAGGCCUCCGGGUACUGCGGCUCGCAGGAUAUUAACAGGCUAAACACACAUUGUGACAUUGUAUGCAUAUUACACACUCAAACUCCUGACUGAAAAAACUCCUGACUGACUUUUUUUGGAAGUGAGGGGCUUGGAGAGAGUCUGAAUUGGGAGAAAUGACUGAACUCUUUUGGGAACCACUACUUCUGCACUCCUUGUCUUAGAGCCGUCGUUGACCUCUUACCCUCUCCACUCUGCCACUAAUCUCACACAGAAGACACUAGCACUCCUGUUGUAGUUGCCGUUGAUGAAGCCCUCUGUCCUUUUGGCUCUCUGCCCCACAUCAUGAUGACCCCCCCCCCCCCCCCCCCCCCCUGCGCUUCGGUCCAAUUGUCAAUUUCCUCACAAGGCCCUCCCCUGUAAAACCAUGGGGGCAGGAGGUGGCUUGGCAUUACUUCCGGGUGGAGUCAGGUCACCGGCUUCCCUCACUGCUAUCUACCUGGCUGCAUGUAGCCCUAAGCAUGAUGGGACAUGGGGAGGAGGUGGCCAAAAUCACGUGAAAAGCAGCGACACCCCCUUCUCAUAUACCCUCUAUUGACUCCGAUCUGCAAUCUGCUCCCAGCUUCAACCCAGGCCACACACACACUAUAUCACUGCUAUAUCAGCUGUAUAAAAACAGAGGCCUGCGGGUUUGGAAAGACUUUGGAUGUUUGAAGAGGGCCUCUGUAGCAUGUUGGGGAAGGGGGGAUUGCUUUUCGCUUAAGUUAUGGGAGCUCUACCUUAUAACAUGAGAACUACAAAGAACUACAAAGAACACUGAUCAACUGAACAGAACUCCUCUUCUACUCUGCUUCUUUAGUUCUCCACAUAAUCAGUGUUUCCCUUCCCUCUCUUCUCUUCAGUAAAUUAUGUGAUCUUUGUUUUUUUAUGAAAUGUGGAACAAAAAUAUCUUCUUGUAUAAACAUUUUAAGAAAGUGAGAGAAAAAAAAUCCUAAAUAUCCGAUAUUCCUUCUAAAUAAAACAGAAAGUGUGAUAGCAUGUCAGACACUUUCUCUGUUGAAUUAAAGAAAGGUUGUUCAUCA